AUGGCGGAGCAGAAAGUUAGCCUCCCUGCUAAGCUGAUUAAUGGGGGUGUGGCAGGGCUGGUUGGUGUGACAUGUGUAUUUCCUAUUGACCUGGCCAAGACCCGCCUACAAAAUCAGCAGGGCGCCCAAGUCUACAAAGGAAUGCUUGAUUGUUUGGCAAAGACAGUGCAGUCAGAAGGCUAUUUUGGAUGCUAUAGAGGUGCAGCAGUGAAUCUCACUCUUGUCACACCAGAAAAAGCCAUUAAACUGGCAGCCAAUGACAUCUUCAGACAGAAGCUCUCUAAGGAUGGAAAAUUGCCACUGUGGGGUGAAAUACUGGCAGGGUGUGGGGCGGGGACCUGUCAGGUGGUUGUCACCACUCCUAUGGAAAUGCUUAAGAUCCAGCUACAAGAUGCAGGAAGGCUAGCUGCCCAGAGGCCUGUCCCAACUCCAGCCCAGGCUGCUUCUCCUGGUCCAGCUCCAUCAUUUGUGACUCCGCCAUCUGCCCAACCGAACCCCCCACGCCGGCCUUCAGCCACCGGCAUCACCCUGGAACUGCUGAAGACCCGUGGCCUGGCUGGUCUCUACAGGGGGGCAGGAGCCACUCUGCUGAGGGAUGUCCCUUUCUCUAUGAUCUACUUCCCGCUGUUUGCCAACCUGAAUGCACUGGGAUGGAAAGGGGUGGGGUCAGGCCGGGUCGAGCAGGCCCCCUUCUUGCAGUCCUUCAUUGCGGGUUGCACCGCUGGUUCAGUGGCAGCUGUGGCUGUUACACCAUUGGACGUCAUCAAGACUCGUCUGCAGACCUUGCAGAAGGGUGAGGGGGAGGACUCAUACAGGGGAAUUGUUGACUGCACACGGCGCAUCAUGAGGCGGGAGGGACCAUCAGCGUUUUUGAAGGGGGCAACGUGUCGCGCUUUGGUCAUUGCUCCGCUCUUUGGCAUCGCACAGGGAGUCUAUUUCCUAGGGAUAGGGGAGAUGGUGCUAGGGUUACAGGGAUAGCAGCGUUUGGCAUUUGUGGUGGUGAUGGUGGUGUUAUUACACAGAUAAUUCACUGUAUCGCUCGGCAGGGAUAUAAGAGAAGGUACAGGGGAGACAAGGAAGGCGCCUGUUGAGUGACUAAUGAAUACACAGAGAGAAAAAGAGAAAUCGCAAUCAGCUAACCAAAGGAGGAAAAGGAAAAAUGUGAGAUAUGAAGAAACUAAUAUUUGGACCAACGGUGCACUAAUCACUGUUAUAUCUAAAUUUCUAAAUGAUGUCAGCGUGGUUCAAUAGCUUAAUCAGGGUCCUGUCCAUGUGUGUGAGACUAACCUGAAGUUGUAUGUCCUAGGUUGUCUGGGUUUUAUCCCAGCUGCUUGCAACAGGAUGUCCAGGGCUUUUCUUUUGACCCGUGAGAUUUUUCUGUCCCGGCUGUUAUGAACUGCCGCAAGCUGUUUGAUAAACUGCCAAGCAGUCAUACUGUAUGUCUGAUAUUUUGACAAUGGAACUGUACGUCAAUCACUCCCGAGUGAUCAAUUCCCCUCUCCAUCGAGAUCAAAAACUCAUUAUAAAUAUUGUGCAACAGUUCACUCAAUGCCGUGUCUGAGAAUUUGAACUGAGAACUGAGAAUUUGGCUUGAAUUUAAAAAUGCCAAGCCCUCUAAAUUCCAACUGAAAAUGAGGCACCCCCCCCCCCCUG